GACUCAGAGAAUGAUAGGCUUGCGAGGGCUCAAUCUCUGCCGGACGUCUUCGUUCUUACAUGCAUGUCGUGGUACAGAGAUAGGUCCAAUAUCUGGCCACUCACUGCGCGACCCUUUUUAUUAAUUAUUCACCGACCCGGGACAAACGCAACGCUAUGCAGGCGUAUGCAGCUAUCAUAGGCCGCGUCGUGGAUACGGUCCACCGCCGGUCAGCGUCGUAGUCGUGCAGAUCGUCAAAUUAUGUGCCGUGCUGACGUCUGGUGUGAAAAGCAAUAAGAAACCCCAUCGGGCCAUCUACCAUGAUCCUCACGCAUGAUCACGUCCCUGAGCAGCCGUCAUGUUCGCCAGACUCAUCCCCCUCGUCGCCCUGCUCGUUGUAGGCGUCGCGUACCUGUUAUCAGCCCAGCACGAUGAGCCACGCCCGCCCUACAUCCAGGGCAGCAACAGGACGGCUCUCUUCCUCGCCAACGAGGAACAUGGACUCGCCAACGUCUUCAUCGCCACGGCCUUUGCCAUGCUCGAGAACCACCCAGACAUCCAAGUCCACUACGCCUCCUGGGACAGCGCGCGGCAACGGGUGCACCGCGCAGCGUCCUUUGCUCGCGAGACCAACCCGGACAUCGUCUUCCACACGCUCACGUCCAUGAACUACCGCGAGGCCGUCGAGGCGCAGGGCAAGAACUUUACCAACGUCAUCCACGCGCCCGCCAGCGCCGGCAUCGCCCACAUCAGCAAAGACAUUCAGACCUACCUCUGCCCCUGGGAGCCCGCGCAGCAUCUCCAGCUGUACGACGAGGUCGGCGCCCUCAUCGACGACGUGGACCCAGCCGUCGUCGUCGUCGACAGCAUCUUCCGGCCCGCCAUUGACGCCACGCGCGACAAGCAUCGCCAGCACGCCAUCCUGACGCCCAACACGCACGUCGACAACUUCCCGGCCAUCCAGCCGUACGGGGGCAUGUUCUGGAAGUACCCAGCCAUGUCGUCCGGGUUCUCAUUCCCCAUCCCCUGGCACCAGAUCCCCGAGAACAUCUACCUCAACGCCCGCUUCAUCUACAGCAUCAUGGCCGGCUCGUCCAUCCGACGCAAGCAAGCCGUGCUCCGUCAGCACGGCCUCAAGGACCCCAUUGACUUUAUGCACCUACACCGCCCCGACGUUCCCUGGAUCACCAUGCACACCGAGGACGCGGCCAUCCCCGUCGACGUCGUCCCUGCGAACGUCACCUCCGCCGGACCCAUCCUCGUGCACUCAGCGCCCGCAGAGCAGCAGGACCCGGAGCUCGUGGCCUGGAUGAAGAGGGCGCCGACGGUGUUGAUCAACCUCGGCAGCUCUGUUGUAUACGACGACCAACGUGCGCGCGCCUUUGCGGAGGCCAUUGCCAACGUCCUCGCACGCUCCGACGUCCAGGUCCUCUGGAAGUUUAGGACCUGGGGUGUCAUGUCCGAUGACUACCUCGACGCGCUGAAACCUUAUGUGGGCGAUCGGGUACGCCUGCCCACCUGGCUGGCCGCGGAUCCGUAUGCGCUGCUCGAGUCUGGACAUGUCUCUGUGUUUGUGCACCACGGCGGAUCGGGCUGCUAUCACGAGGGUAUCUCUUCCGGCGUCCCACAGCUUGUCCUGCCCCUCUGGGCUGAUCUGUACAGCUUCGCUGCUCUGGCGGAGACGCUUGGCGUAGGAAGCUGGGGCUGCCGACAGACGAGUCCCGAGUGGACGUCAGAAUGUCUGAGCGAGAGCCUGCUCAAGGUCAUUGGGGAUGACAACAUGCGUGAGAAGGCGUCCGCGCUGGGCGAAAAGGUCAGGGCACGGGGCAAGGGGCGGGAUAUAGCUGCAAAGGAGAUUGCCAAGCUGGCGUAUGUAAAGUGAUGGGGACAGCUUUGUCUUCACUCACAUAAUGAUAGCGCAGUUUGUUGAUCAACAGCUAUGUCUCUGCAUGAGGGGGUGUUGUGCCUGAAUUCGACCAAUUUGGCAUCUUCAGUAGCUCCAAUCACCCGUACAAGACGGAUCGUCACCGUCAAAGACGUGUCAGACAAGAAGGCCCUUCAUUAAUCGCAGACUCACCGCAGAAGUUCCCGAGACCAACCGCCGUUGUGCCCAGCCGCUAGGCAAGCCAUACGACCUCUUGGCCAACAAGGCUGUCGCUUGUCGGAGAUUAAGCUUCACAGACACACACACCCCAACCAAUCAACAUAAACGCC